AUUAUUGCAUUUUAUUUUUUUUAUUACUAUUUACAACCAAAACUGACAAAGUUAAGACAUUUAUAAUGAAUUAUUGUUCAUAUUUAUAGUACAUUUACUGUAUAUUUCCAGUGUCUGUAGAUAUUGAAGUGAAUUGGCAGCAAAUGCAGACAUGAGGUCACUUGAUGCGCAUAAUCAGCACCUUGUAGUCUAGUCCACCUCCCAGCCUCCUUAUAUAGACACACACACAGUUGCAGUAACAUAGUUGGCCUUUGUGUGUUUUUUCAACACGUCUGAUGCACAGUACAGCUGUUAAUCCUCUGAAAUCUAGUGAUCAUUAAGUGCACUGAGCAAAACUGUUGCAACAAAGUAGUUUUUAUGACCUUAAAGUCGGAGUUUAUUCUGAAAAAAAGAUAAUAUGCUUAUGGGGUAAACACAGUUUAAAAGGUGGUUAAUAACGUUAAUAAUGUAGACAGUCUGCAAAAACCUGACUCCAGAGGGUUAAAAUUCAUAUAAAUUAAAUGAAUAAAACAGAAUGAACCCAACAUGAAGGCAUUUUAAGAUGGAGAAUUUAACUAAUAUCAAAAGUAAUGAAAGAAUUUCAUUUGUAAGCUCUAAACAUUUUUCUAAUGCACUGUUGUUUUCCCCAUUUUCCCCUUUUCUCCCAACAACGUUCUCAUAAUUAAAACUAUGACUGCAAUGCUCAGAUAUGUUUCUAUGCAUUUGUUAUCCAACAUGCUGCAUGUCCUCUGUAAAACCAGUGGAGCUGCAUGAACAGUGCGACCCUGAACAAUCACUGUGGCAUCAUGGAAACAGAGGCCUUAUGUAACAUCACAAUAACAACUACACUAAAUUAAUUUAAAUAUUAAGACAAUUUGCAGUCUAAUUAUGUCCAGUAGAGGUUAAUGCUCUCAUCAGAUUGUUGUGUUUGGCAGCUUUAUCCCUUCAAAGGUUUAUUUUGUACAGUUGGGACAAAGUAUUUUCUCUUUACUGUUUUUUGGGUUACAUAAGUCACUGCAGCGCAUUACCACACAUGUUCCUUCAAGCGUGCAACAUGCUGCACAGAGCCACUUCUUGUCUCACCCAUUUUACUGGCUGGAUGACCAAAUCAUCUCUGACAGGCCGGAGCUUUUCAUGCAGCUUUGUGAGUGAGUGUGUGUGAGUGAGUGUGUGUGAGUGAGUGUGGACUGGGACUUCACAAAAGAGCAGGGACACACAGGAGCCUCUUCAGUACGACAGGCUACCGCUGUUUGUUCAGGCUGCCGGGGGGCUUCACAUGGUGUCAGUCUGCCGAGCUGCCGCUGCAGCCGUCGAUGAAGCUGAGGGAGAGCGUGGGUGCUGGUUCUGGAUCUCUGCUGGGUGCUGAUCAACUCCCCGAGGACUCGAUAACUUCAAAUUGAAGGUUGAGAAGCUCCAGCAGCAGAAAUGAUCAUCAGACUGGGAAGACUGACACCAGGAUACUUCCGUCUCCUCCAGCGGCAGGUGUCAGGUGAGGUCCGGAUGCAGCCACAGAGCAGCUUCAUCGAUCCCAUCGCCGUGAUGAUGGCCACAGUGGGGACGGGAGUGUCUCUGUACAGCGCCAGACAGAUGGCAGAGAGGGUCCAGCUGAAACACCCACACGCCUGGGAUCAGUAACAAGUCCUCACCCGUCAGAGCAGCUCCACAGGGAGGUUUGACCGAUUGUUUGUACGACAGACUGUUUGUUUGUGAAAGUCGGAGAAGGUUUGUGAUGCAGGAGGUUGAAAGAGUUUGUGUGUUUGUGGUGUCACUGGAAGGAAAAUCUAAGUGUCUCAAGAGGAAAGUGUGAGUCUUUGUUCAAUGUCAACAGGAAGAUUUGUCAUUUGUUAAACCAAUUUACACCUUUUAUUUUGCAAUCACAACAUUUAUAAGCAAAUAUAAAUGAGCCACUCUGCUUAGUUUGUGCAGGUUACCUUUAAGUGACUGUAUUUUAAUGCAAUAAAUGAGCGUAUCACUUUUCAACAAGCAUCUCAGCAUUGUAGUUUGACCUGCAGCUGUUAAUAUUUCCUGCAUUUUAUAGAACAACAAAAUGCAAUAACCAUAGAAAAUCAAACAAAAAUGAUAAUGUAGAAUAAUCUCACAGCAGUCAGCUUAUUGUACUGAUUAAUAUUAGUCACAAAUUUUUCCUUCAAAAUAUUUCAGUUUGGUCUUUAGGAUUGUUGUACUGUGGCACCUUAAUGUCUUGAAUUUAGAAGCAGGUUCACCACUUGUAGUAUUUAUUAUGUGAUAGACAGAAUCUAAGCAGCCAAAGGGCACCAUCAGGGCAUUUUUAGGUUACUAAAUUAUUAUAAGUUUUAUUUAAUACCUGUACCAGAUUUAUUAAAGAAAAUGUCUGUAAAUGUAAAAUACAGUACAUUCUAAUUGUUCACUUUAUAUAAUCACAAAUUUGGUAAUUUGAAUAAACGGUGUUCACAUUUUCAACAUGUGGUGAUUUCUACACAGUGAUGUCUCAAAUGUUUUUUUUUCAGUAACUGGUUCUCAGGCUUCAUUCAAAAGGUCCGUGGGAAACAGAAAUUGUCGGGUGACUGCACAAACUGUACAGAGUGAUUCAUGUGAAUGAAACUAACACAGGGGAAGUGAUUUUACUGUGAGCCUCUGUGACAUGAAUGAGAUGUUGAGAUAAAAGUCAACAUGUUCUUUCCCUGAGGACUGAAUUCCCCUGUCUUGUUUUAAUUAGUCUACAUGUAUAGGCUGUAUAUAGUGUGUUUUUCCUCUGCUCAAGGGUCUUUAAAAAUUGUUUGUACCAUAAAUGAAUAAUUCAGGACUGGUUCAGUCUGUUUUGGGGCCCUAAGAAGAAUUUAAUAACCUUAUAAAUGUGCAUGGUAACAAUUAACUACAAUUUGUUAUGAACAGUAAAGUUACUCAGAGAUUAUCAUGAACUAGUAAAACUUAAAGCAGUCAGUAUCUAACAUUAGACCAAAAACAAAGUUAAAGGAGGUUGACUAUUGGAGUUAUAUUUAUCAAGUGAACACAAAUAAUAAUAAUAAUAAUGUUGUUGGGAGAGUAAAUAAACUGAAUUUUGCCAUACUGAGUGAGUUUUCUUACCAAAAAAGCAUUCUGUUAUAGCACCCACAAAUCCCAAUAUAUGUGACAACUUAAAGGAUAUUUACAUUUUGAGUAUUCGGUAGCACUGCAACAGUGUAUCUGUGAAUACUCAUGUUUUUACGGCUUUUCAUAGCGGUCAGACAAAAACAGCCUGUACAUGUAUGUCUCCAUCUGCCUGUUUUGGCCAGACAGCAGCCAGAAGAGGAGCUUUAACAGUGUGAGUGUAACAGCCAUGGUUGUUGGUUUUACUAAUUCUUCUCUGCUGGAGUGUGACAGACACAAAGAGAGUGUGUGAGCAGUGAACCCACUGUUAAUUCUGAAAUCUAACACAGAAAGCUGUUUCAAAUAACAACUUUCCCUCAGUGUGAAUUAGGCACUAAAUGGGAAAUACAAGGCUAAACAGAGCCAUCUCAAGAUCUUUUAUUUAUUAACUCAUUAGCUUCAUAAAUACUAAACAAAGAUUUUCAGUCAGGAACUGAGAACUGUCUCUUGAUUCUUCUUCAUCAGCAAACAAACCUGCUCAGUUCAGGCAUCUGAAUCAAAAGUAAACAGUGAAGCAUGACUUGAUGGCAGGCACUGGACUUUUUUAUUGUUGUAAUGGCACUGAUGAGGAUCUGAAUACUUCCUCCGCUUCUGACCACAACUUUAAGGUAAAAUGUAACUGUACUCAAGUAAGUUACUUGUGGAUCCUGGUGGUCUGCUGGUGGUGGUGGUCCUCCACUCCAGCAGAUGUCACUUUAACGCUGACUAAUCCCUGGAUGAGCUGCGUGUUAAAGUAGAGAGAAAAGAGCAGCGAGAGAGAGAUUUCUGUCUGAUGGAUUCUGACACUUGAUGGGAGUUCUCAGAGUCACGAAUGAGGAGGAAACAAGCCGGGAUAAAGCACACGACAACCCACCUCGGUUUACAUCAUCUCCGCAGACGAGUAAGAGGCGUGAUGUUAUUUUAAAACCUCCACCCACUGAUGACAGGAGCUUUUUUGGCAACAUAAACCGAUGUUUGUUCUUCUCCAACUGUGCGUAAUUUAAAGAUGCCCAGAGAGAUUGCGCGUAAAAGUGUGCGCUCCUCUGUGGCGCACCACGCUUGCUUAAUGUCAUAUCUUCAUCCUCAUCUUCAUCGGAUCUAGAGGCGAGCAGGAGCAGAACAUCCGUCAAAACCACCUGAAAAUGGCUGUGCUCCGUCUCACCCGGAGCAGCUCCGGUCCGCGUCUGACCGAGUUCAUUUGCGUUUUAUUGCUCGUUCUCGUCUCCGUUGCCUCUGCGAGUCGUGAUGUUGUUCCGGGAAGCAACGAGACGUGGGGAAAUCCAGCCCGGGCGACACAGGACGACCCGCAUCACCAAACUAACUCCACCGGUCAUAAAAAGGCUUUCCCCGUCCUCUCCUUCCAUUACGAAGAAGUUAAGAAGCCCCUUGAGAUCUCUCUGUGGAUCCUCCUGGCCCUGCUGAUGAAACUUGGUUUUCACAUUAUUCCCAGAGUCUCAAACGUCGUCCCAGAGAGCUGUCUGCUGAUUUUCGUUGGUCUGCUGGUUGGCGGCAUCAUCAAAGCCAUCGGAGGGGAAGCCCCCGGCCUCGAUGCCAAGCUCUUCUUCUACUACCUGCUGCCUCCCAUUAUCCUCGAUGCCGGCUACUUCCUGCCCAUCCGACCCUUCACAGAGAACUUGGGCACCAUCCUGGUGUUCGCGGUGGUGGGUACGCUGUGGAACGCCUUCUUCAUCGGCGGGAUGAUGUAUGGCGUGUGUCAGAUUGAGGGGACUCAGCUUGGGCAGGUGGACCUGCUGUCCUGCCUGCUGUUUGGCUCCAUCAUCUCGGCCGUGGACCCCGUGGCCGUCCUGGCCGUGUUCGAGGAGAUCCACAUCAACGAGCUGCUGCACAUCCUCGUGUUCGGGGAGUCGCUCCUCAACGACGCCGUCACUGUGGUGCUGUAUCACCUGUUCAAGGAGUUUGCCCAUGCAGGAACUGUGACUGUGGCCGACGCCUUCCUCGGCGUGGUCUGUUUCUUCGUGGUUUCUCUGGGAGGCAUCAUGGUGGGAGCCAUCUACGGCAUCCUGGGCGCCUUCACUUCCCGCUUCACCGCUCACACUCGUGUCAUCGAGCCCCUGUUUGUUUUCCUCUACAGCUACAUGGCUUACCUCUCUGCAGAGGUCUUCCACCUGUCAGGCAUCAUGUCGUUGAUAGCGUGUGGUGUGGUAAUGCGGCCGUACGUGGAGGCUAACAUCUCCCACAAGUCCUACACCACCAUCAAAUACUUCCUGAAGAUGUGGAGCAGCGUCAGUGAGACGCUUAUCUUCAUCUUCCUCGGUGUCUCCACAGUGGCAGGUCCUCACGCCUGGAACUGGACCUUCGUCAUUGUCACCGUCAUCCUCUGUUUAGUGUCAAGAGUGCUGGGUGUCAUCGGUCUCACCUACAUCAUCAAUAAAUUCCGUAUUGUAAAGUUGACCAAAAAGGACCAGUUCAUCGUGGCCUACGGUGGCCUGCGAGGUGCCAUAGCCUUCUCACUGGGGUUCCUGCUGACCGACAGCGACAUGAAGAACUUGUUCCUCACCGCCAUCAUCACAGUCAUCUUCUUCACCGUCUUUGUGCAGGGAAUGACGAUCAGGCCUCUGGUGGAGCUUCUGGCGGUGAAGAAGAAGAAGGAGAGCAAAGGAUCAAUUAAUGAGGAGAUUCACACACAGUUCCUGGAUCAUCUCCUCACAGGAAUUGAAGACAUCUGUGGUCAUUAUGGACACCAUCACUGGAAAGACAAGCUAAACCGCUUCAAUAAGGCGUACGUGAAGAGAUGGCUGAUCAGAGGUGAACGCUCCACCGAGCCUCAGCUCAUCUCCUUCUACAACAAGAUGGAGAUGAAACAGGCCAUGAUGCUGGUGGAGAGCGGGAGCGCCGCCAAGCUGCCCACAAUUGUGUCGUCCGUCUCCAUGCAGAACAUUCAGACAAAAGGACCGGCCAGACGUCGGGCGAUACCAAGCAUCUCCAAGAGUCGUGAGGAAGAGAUCAGGAAGAUCCUUCGAGCCAACCUGCAGAAGACCAGACAGAGGCUUCGCUCCUACAGCAGACAUGACCUGCUGAUUGACCCGUUUGAGGACGUGAGUGAGGUUCGCUUCAGGAAGCAGAGAGUGGAGAUGGAGAGGAGGAUGAGUCACUACCUCACUGUUCCUGCAAAAAGCCAGGAAACACCGCCAGUGAGAAAAGUCUGCUUUGAAUCAGAACACCAGAUUUACACUUACGAUGACAGUGAGAGCCCCAGAGGUUCAGCCCAGGCGUCUCGACCACAUCCCAGCUCUCCUGAUGCCGUCAGCCUGUUGGACGAAUCACCGCAGAGGCCCAGUCAGAGGGGAGCGCUGCGAACUAGAGGCGAUGCCGAGGUAAGGGCGAAAGCACCAGACGACAAGGAAGAACAGGACCAACUGAAACUAUCACGCUGCCUUAGUGACCCCGGUCCGAAGAAGGACGAGGAAGAGGACGGCUCCUUCCUGUCGUGAUGAAGCACGUUUACAGGACUUGAUAGCAGAGGACGUAUUCUCCUCCUCACGAUCUACUCUUGUUAUCAGUGAUGAUCCCUGAAUGAAUGAGUUAUAGCAAAGCUUGAUAUUUAUAAUUCAGUAUUAUUUUUUAUGUUUUUGUGAUAUGGAAUCAUGCAAAUUGUUUUUCCAUUAUUAUGGAUGUGUAUUCAUCAUAUAAUAUGAUUUUAUCAUACUUAUUACCAAAGCAUGCGCCACUGGCCGUUUGCUGUUUCAGUAUCAUGCGACUGAAAUGAGCCACAUGUCCACAGUUUGUAUCUUAACAUGCAGACUUGCAAAAAAAAAAACUUAGCACUUGAUUUACCAAACUUGAAGCACCAGAUGGGUGGAGUUUACCCCUUCAAAGCACAGACUAAGGUACGACACAAAGUAGAGCCCGACCAGUAAAUCACCAGGUAUAUCGGAGAUAUGUCAGUGGUGUCUGUCUGGUCCAGACUGAAAUAUUGUAACAAAUCCCGAACGGACUGCUGUGAGAUUUUGUACAAAUAUUCAUGGUCCCCGCAGGAUGAAUCCUGCUGAAUUAGAUGAUUUUCGGAGAUUUCCUGUAGCACCACCGUGAGGCUCAUGUGUGUGCUUUUAAGUGAAAGGUCUUGAGGACCACUUAGUGGACUGUAAAGUGUUCUGUUCUAUACAUAUAUUGGUCAAACCUCUUUUUGAAAAAAAGAACUUUAAAGAUUUCAUAUCAACAGUGGUUGUUUACGUGACCAAUAUACAUAAUUAUUAAAUAUUUAAAGGAGCUAUAUGUAAGUUUUUACUAAUUACUAUUUCAGUAUCAAACUUCAUUCUUUUACCUGCCAAGAGCUGCCUCCAACAGUGGAAACCACCCCCAAUGUUAACUGUUCUGGCUCUAGUUCUGCCUCAUCUUCUACUGAAGUUGGCAUGCUAACCAGCUUUCAGUAGCAACUCACUGUAGCAUCCAGACAACCCUGAAGAAGUAGCGCCAGAAAACUUACAUAAAGCUACUUUAAAACUCAAACAUCAACACUGGUAUCUGCCUCAAAAAUCCUCACUGCCCGGGCUUUACUAUGAAUACUAGAAGACGGAAUAACUUCCUGUGAAGUCAACACUGUUUGUUUAAAAAGAAAGCACCAAUCUGCUGAUCCAAGAACGUUAAGAUGAUUUAAGAAGUCAAGAAGAAACUGCCAGUAUUGAUUUAUACAUUUGACCGAUGUCUGUGAACAUGCUUUGCACUGUUUGUCUUUACAAAUGUCGCUGCGUGACUGGUUAGUGUUUUCUCAGGGACUGCAACACGGCACAGUAUUAACAGAUGCCCUCUGCAGAAAGAAAAUAAGUGUUUCUGUCCAAAAUGUGCUCCACAGUGAUCUAAUAGUAAAGUGUUUAUAAGCUAAAGUGUUUUGACUGCUAAGAGCUUCAGAUGCAUUCCCACAGUAAUCGUAGUGAACAGGGUGUUACGUGUUUGAAACGAAGCUCUACAUAUCUGUGUCACUGUUAACUGAGCGUGCUUCUUAUUGGGAGGUUAAAGAGAUUGAAUCAACUUUUCAUAUCUGCACUGCACAGCUCUUGACUGCCUGAGCUUUUCUGCUGCCUGCACAUGUUUGCCUUAAAGAUGUUUUUGCUUUUUGUGUGUUUGCCAGUUGAAGUAUUUUUUGUAUGUUGGAAGAAGAAAAAUGUGUUGAAGUCGUUAAUAUUUGUCGAAUGAAGAAAAGCUUUAAUUCCUGUCUGUAAUAAAGGUUUGUCAUUGUCGACGUUCAGGAAUAA